CGUUCUGCGCGCCGCCGCCCCUCGCUCCCCGCCGGCUGGGCUCCGCGCGCGCCUCCGAGCGCUCCGAGGAGAAGCGCAGACCUGGCAGCAGCGUCCGUUGGCGCGCGCCGCCCUCCUGCGCCCGUGCCAACCAUGGGGCCAACUCGCAACUCUUAGGGCUCUGCCUCAGACCAAGGGAGAUCAACGGAGCUGCGAGCAGAAGCCAAGAUGAGUUUCCGCAAGGAGGACGGUGUGAGCAGCCUGUGCCAGAAGGCGCUGCACAUCAUCACCGAGCUGUGCUUCGCGGGUCAGGUGGAGUGGGACAAGUGUUCGGGCAUCUUUCCAGCCGAUAGGAGCGGCCAGGGAGGAGGUGGCACAGUGUUGGGAACCGAACCCAAGGUCUUCUGUAUAUCGGGCAAACAGUCCUGACCACUGAGAUACACCUCAGGGCUUACAGCUAAAAUUCUGAGUCCAAUUCUUACAAAUAUUUCAGUCAGCCUGUUAGCGGUUGUUGUAAGCUUCUGUGGCCUGGCCUUGCUGGUUGUCUCCCUUUUUGUCUUCUGGAAGUUGUGCUGGCCAUGCUGGAAGAGCAAGCUUGUGGCCCCCAACCUCAGUGUCCUUCCACAAAGCAUCUCAAGUGCUCCAACUGAAGUUUUUGAGACUGAAGAGAAAAAAGAAGUGGAAGAAAAUGAAAAGCCAGCACCCAAAGCCAUUGAGCCUGCAAUAAAAAUCAGCCACACAUCCCCCGACAUCCCAGCAGAAGUGCAGACAGCUUUAAAGGAGCACUUGAUUAAACAUGCUCGAGUGCAAAGGCAAACAACCGAGCCUACGUCUUCAUCCCGCCACAACUCCUUCAGGAGACACCUACCAAGGCAAAUGAAUGUCUCCAGCGUCGACUUUAGCGUGGGCACUGAACCCAUCUUACAAAGAGGAGAAACGAGAACGAGCAUCGGGAGGAUAAAACCAGAACUCUACAAGCAGAAAUCGGUUGACUCCGAGGGCAACAGAAAAGACGACGUCAAGACCUGUGGGAAACUUAACUUUGCGCUCCAGUAUGAUUAUGAAAAUGAACUCCUAGUUGUUAAAAUUAUCAAAGCUUUAGAUCUCCCAGCUAAAGAUUUCACAGGAACUUCUGAUCCUUAUGUGAAGAUCUAUCUUCUUCCGGAUAGGAAGAAGAAAUUUCAGACCCGCGUGCACCGGAAGACUUUAAACCCUCUGUUUGAUGAGCUAUUUCAGUUUCCGGUGGUUUACGAUCAGCUAAGCAACCGCAAACUACACUUUAGUAUAUAUGAUUUUGACAGAUUUUCCAGACACGACAUGAUUGGGGAAGUGAUUCUUGAUAAUUUAUUUGAAGUCUCUGAUCUCUCCAGGGAAGCCACAGUAUGGAAAGAUAUCCACUGUGCUACCACAGAAAGCAUAGACCUGGGGGAAAUCAUGUUCUCCCUUUGCUAUUUGCCAACUGCUGGCCGUAUGACCUUGACAGUGAUCAAGUGCAGAAAUCUGAAGGCAAUGGACAUCACUGGGUCAUCAGAUCCUUAUGUCAAAGUGUCUCUGAUGUGUGAGGGCCGAAGACUUAAAAAACGGAAAACAACUACAAAGAAAAAUACUCUCAAUCCCGUGUACAACGAAGCCAUUAUCUUCGAUAUCCCUCCAGAGAAUGUGGACCAGGUCAGCCUGUGCAUUGCAGUCAUGGAUUACGACAGGGUGGGGCACAAUGAGGUCAUAGGCGUGUGUCGAACUGGACUAGACGCUGAGGGUCUUGGGAGAGACCAUUGGAACGAGAUGCUGGCCUAUCACCGAAAGCCAAUCACACACUGGCACCCCUUGCUGGAGUUACCUGGCCGGGCCACCAGCUUUGAUAGUCAAGGGUCCUGUUCUUCUCCCAGGCCACCGUCCACACCAUAAAAGCCUCCAAAUAAGACCAUAUCACAGAAAGAUCUAGAACCGUGUGCUCAUUGAAUCAGAAACCUACACACAGAAAACACACGCGCGCACAGAACAUUUGACUUCUUCAUUUAAAAUAUACCCAUGAUAAUUAAUAACUUGAUGCAUAAUUUCUCUUGGCUUAUUUGGCUUAUUUGUCUUCAACUUUGAGCAUAUUAAUACAUUCUACUUGAGUACUAAUGGCCCUUAGUUACAUACGGUGUUUUAUUUUCGUGUCUUCUCUCUACUAGCACAGUGUUUUAAUAUGUUGUAAUUCUUCGCCUGAGCAAAUAAGUUAUUUGAGAAGAGAAUCCACAUGUGUGUAAAAAUUAAAUAUAGUUUAUAACUGUGUUGUGUGAAAUAGUGAAACAUGUCAUUUUCAACUGUGUACAUAGUUCUAUCUGAACUUUUAAUGUGCAUACCUAAGUUCAACAGGAUCAACUCCUUCGAAUCCUAGCUAAUGUCCUGUGUCUGAUAGUAGCUUUCUUCCAUGAUCAGCAUGUUUGUCAUUGAGGUUGUUUUUGGAACUUCUGUUCUGGGGACACUUAGCUAAGCUGCAAAAUGAAGAGUCAUUUUUGAAUACAAAUGUACAAAGCGAUGCUGAGUGUCUGGUCAAUGACACUACCAGCUUACGACGUCUUGCUGUUGCAUUAGUCAGACCCCGGUGGUACUGCUGACAGAUAGUUUUAAAACUCCUAGCAAUCUUCACCUCAAGUGUAGCUUGAGGUGUUCUUAAGUGGCUGCAGUCAUAAGUUUGCCUUUCCAGGUGACCCAAUACCGUGGUGUGCUUGUUCUGUAACUUGGAGCUGUCAUGUGGCUCCUACACUUUUUAUGGAUCACACUUCAUAGAAACCAAAGGUCCAGCAAAGUUUUCUGUGCCCACUGUCCUUUAGAUAGACAGGUGUUGACUCUGCCCACUCAGGAGCUGGUCGCUCAUCGCUAGAGCUAGACAGUCUCUCAAGGAUGAAAUAUAGAUGCAUGCUAUAAACAGUACAGCUUUCACACUUAUUAAAAAUAAAUGCAUUUCAAAGGUCCAGACAGACAUCUCUUUAAUGAAAGGAAGGAUUAAUGAUCAGACCAUUAGAGGUAAGAUAAAUAUAUAUUAUCUAUAUACAUAUAUAUGUAAAUGCUUUUUCUUUUUACAAGAUAGAACUUUCUUUGAGAUCAGGUCAGCUUUUUGCAGUCUCAUUUUAAGACCCUAUUGGAAGGCGCCUAAAUGGAAUCACAAUAACCUUGCCUUUGAGGUAUGCAUAUUUAAAGCUCAUUCCAUAAUAAGGUCUCUAAAAGGGAAGAAAAUUUAUAUUUGAAUUUUUUAAGCAAGUUCAUUGGGAUGAAAAAGCUUUAUCACAAAUUAUGAAUUUUUAUAUUUGUAAAAUCCCUUAUUUCAAAUAUUAGGAAAUGUAUUUUUAAAGUCUUGAAAUUUCUCUCAUAAAGAUUCAAUAUCUGUUAACCAGGAUGCAAGUAUGUCUUAUAUUAAUAUUUAUAGUGUAAACUCAGUUCUGCCUAAAGCUUUGGAGAAAUGCCUAUGUCCAGUUAAUGAAAACAUACUACUAAACUUUCCCUCAUUAAAAAUAAGAGAAACACAUUUGAAAGCACUUGACUAUCCUGUCAAACCAAACCAAACCAACAAACAAAAUAACCUUACUCAUUACAGAAUGACUCAAGAUGACAACCUAUCUUGAAGUCUUUGUUUUACAGUGAAAUGCAAACGGCCAAAUGGAGAGGAAAACCCUCUUCGUCUUUGUGUGAUAACAUUUGGAGAGAGGUUUUAUUAGUAGAUGUGGAUGUGACAUUUCUCAAGUCUGUAAAGUUUGCAUUUUCACUCAAAACGAUAUCUUACAGAUUUACAAAAUCGCAGCUAAUUUUCCUAAGAACAGGCUAAACCAACUUAACAAAAGGAAACUGACAGGUAGCCAGGAUAUUUUAAAUAUGAGGGAAGUAUGAUUAAAGUAAGCCCGGGGAGGAAGGAACACAAAGUUAUACGAGAAUUAAGUCGGAGCACCAAAGCAUUUACUAUGCUAUGAAAGAGAUUAAAGAGAAUAAGUCCACAACUGUCUUUCAGUUAGUGUGUGAGGGACGUUUUCUCAGUGAUGCACAAGUUCAUUAGAACAGCAGUUCAUUUAGAGAAAAUACAACCCUUACAGGGCUUACACAGCCCACUCUUACCUUACCCAGCCACACACAGAAACUUCUCUCUGUUCCUGAGCUAAUGUUAGUUUCUCCGUACUUAAAAUAUGGUCCGGUGUUCAGAUGCCCUUCCCCGGCCUCCACUAACUUGUGGAAGGGCACGUGCAUCAAUGCAGGUCGGCGCGGCAGGAAGCUGUCAUUUAGGUAUUCACUAAACUCCCGAUUUCAGGGAUUCAUUCAGGGACUUACCACUAUAUGCAUCUAGAAAAAAAGACUCAGUGUUGCCUUGUGGGCGGGACAGCACUGUUGCUAAGGAAGGAAUAUGUCAGACACCACUAUGUGUCCUGUGCACAAUCUUUUCACAAAACCAGAAGCUGAUUGGUUUAGGGGGUCUUGAAUUUUUUUCUUCACUGGUGUGAAGAUUCGAUUUUAGUCCAAAGGUCCAGGCAUAAUCACUAGCUUCCUAAUACACUUUGUUCAACAGUUCCUGUUUCCUUUCUCAGGCCACUCCGUGCUGCUGGCACUUUACCCAUAAAACUCACCCUAUUCAGACACACUCAGUUCAGUCGCAAAUGUUAGGACAAAUGCCAGGGAAGUAGCGGCAGGAAGUGGAGCCAAUCGCGUACCUACAUAGCAUUCGUGGGGUGUGCACACACGCUAGUUACUGCAGGGAGCUCACAAACGACCAAUACUGACUCAGGGUUUGUAUUAGAGCAAAUGUAUUUGAGCUACUAGGUUGUGCUGUUUAAUUGAUAUUCACAAUUGUGCUUACUCUCCUGGUGUGUUUAUUCUUGUAAAAGUUUCCAGGAUCCAUAAAGAACCAGCAGUCUCUUGAAGCAUUCACUUAAUAGUUACUUCAGAAGUUAAGGGGGAAAAAAAAGUCAAAAUUCCAUUCCCAUGUCAAUUCUACUAUCUAUAAAACAAAAUAUAAUUUAUUCCAGGAUGAGAUGUCCAAGCAGCCAGGAAUUACUACAAUAAAGGAACAUAAAAUUAUAACACUGAACACAAAUCCAUUUCUUUCUACCUCUUCUAAAAAGACUACUUGAUAUUAUUCUCUAGCAGAAUUUCUCUGAUUUUUGUCAUAACAGCUGUGAUAUUUCCAGGCAGUUUAUUUGCAAAUAGCUAGAACACUGGGUUGGCAUGGCCUUGAGAAACCAUUGGGUCUUUUUGUUAAAUGUAAAGAAAAUAAGACCCGCGUCACAACUUGGUUUUAUAGCAACUACAGUUGUUCUAAGCUGACCUGGUUGGUUUCAGGGCUCAUAAUUUUUAGAUUAAGGGAAUACUACUCUCAACAAGUAGAAUUUUACAAGCCUAAGAUAAUUUAAGUAACCAUGUAAUUAGUGAAAAGGACAAUAAAGCAUAGAAAACAAUAUGGAAAUGUAGGAAAAAGGAAUUCCUUCAUAUUUUAACUUAGUGGACAGGAAAUUCUCGAAUAUUGUUUCAAGUUUAAUUAUCACUCAGUGACAUAGCUCAGGAGAUGAUUUAUAUGAACCUGCUGUGAGGACCUAAUAUUUAGGACAAAAUGAGUUUAAUAUUUUACAUGAGAUAAAGAGCCAAUGAAAUAAAAUGCUGAUUCUGGAAUGUUAUCUCCUGGGAAUUCUCUUAGCUAAGAAUUUUUUUCAUUAAAAGAUCAAUAUUUAUUCAAUAACCUGUCAGUUAAGAUUAAGGUAACUACUUAUCUUCUACCAUUAACAGCUAACCAAAACCAUACAUAUUUGAACAGUGGCGUUACAUAUUUGAUCAAAAAUGCAUUUUCAUCGUGGUUAAAUCAUUAUUUUUCUUUUCAUCAUGUCUAUCAUGUAACUAAAUUCAAGUUUGAUUGGGUAGCAUGAUAGUGUUACGGUACAGAAAUAGAGAAAAUCACUCAGUUAAGGACCAAGGUAAGCCUUAAUGAUUUACUUAAAGCAGUUGAAUACUAAAAAUAGUAACUGAAAAAAAUAAGUUAAAGAUGUUUAAGAGAAAUGAUAUUAUUUUGUAUGCCUGAGAUUAUUAAAUAUACUCCUCCCAGGAGAACUAUUUCUAUAAAUCCUAUUUUUACCUCUAUUGUGACAAGAGAUCUGAGUUGCUCUUGAUAAAUUUAUAUGGAAAUGUUUUCAUCUCAAGCCUAUGAUAAUUUUUGAUGUAGACCGUGAGACCUUUUCCAAAUAGUGAGAGAGUUUCUGAUUUUAUCAGAGAGUAAACGUAAACCAAUGUCUUCUGACAUCUUGUUGAGUUGCAUCUUCUGUGUAGAGAAUUCCCGACUUGCUUUACAUAGGACUGAGUUGUAGUCAUUCAACCUCAUGAGAUUUUUGUUUCCUGAAAAUAAUUUAUUGAGCAGUGAUGCAAUUUACAGGUGAGUGGAAAUUUAUCAAGGUUAAAUUAAGUUUCAAUGUUGCAAAGUUAACAUGUGAGGUGGUUAGAUUUCCUGAGGCUUUUUCCAAAUAGCUUCUUGUGUGCUUCAUCUGAAUACUAAGAAAGGAAAUAUAUUUCCAUGUUUUGCUGAGAAUUUUGUGCACCCCAACUAACUCUUAUCUCCAAGAUUAUGUAAAACAACAAAAUACUAUAUUCUAUAGAAAUAUUCAUAUAAAACGUUUCAUAGGUAGGUUUCAUCAAGAUUGGCUGUUUUUCUUGUAAAGUCGUUUAAGCUUUGCAUGUAAAGAAUGCAGUAAUAUCAAUGUGCAGUGUUCGCUGCAUAAAGGAGAAGCAGGUAAAACUCCAAUAUGUAAAAUAUUUGCAUUUAUAGCUUCUUCCUUAAACAAAGAAGUGCAACACCCAGGUUGUCAACAUUAGCUGUUAUUGACCCAACAGAGCAAUGACUGGGUUCACUUUCAAACAUGGAGAAGUGACAGAACACUGUGAAUUCAGAAUCAAGAUAAGUCAACGAGAAAAGAACUGCCUCCCAUCAUAAAUGUGAUGUUCCCUCUAACUCCUUUACAAGUAGAUAGUCACCAUGUAUACUGGUAGAAACUGCUAAUGUUCUUCUUGCAGAGCCUCAGGCAAUUUAAAUCCAUCAUAGCUCAUCUUUUGGGGUUAUCUUUAAGUCAUUGUUCUCAAUGUAACCUUUUAAGUGAAGUGUGUGAUUUAAUACUUAGCCAUUGUUUAAAUCAGUGUCGUUGAACUCUACAUUAUAGAAAAGAAACUGAAAUCUUGAAAUUUGUGUUUCUGACUUUUGUACGGUGACCAGUCAUUUGUGAACUUUGGCAUCUUAUAAUGAUAUUACUUAGAACAGCUGUUUCUGCAAACCCUCUGAAAGAUGUUUGCACAUUGUGUUUUAGCAUUUUUACUCUGUCUUCUUUAGAGUGUAUGAACACAUUUGUCAGGAUCAGAUGAAUUAUGUAACAAUGAAACCUCAAAGCUGUUAUGAAGGGUAGUUCAUAAUUCCUUUUGUAAAAGAAAUGGAAAAGCACUUGAAAUAUAAUUUUACUGUUUCAUAUGUAUUUUAAAAAAGAAAUAAAGUAAUUAUAAAUAAUUUUAUCCGUUACUUUUCUUAAAAGUCCCUUUUCCUGAUUUAAUUUUGCAAGAUAAAUAUGACGCACUUCUUGAAUAUAAAUUAAACGCAGUUUUCCAGAUGCCUUUAAUACUCACUGACGUGGGACAGAAAAAACCCAACACUCUUCUGCACCAUCAUAAGGGGCUCUGUAACAAAGCAAGCCCUACUAGGAGAAGAACAUAAGAAGUGCACUUGGCUGACCCCAGGGUUGGAAUGUAGCUUGGUCCCAGAGCACUUGUCUAAAAAGCUUGAAGCCCCGGGCUCCAACCCCAGCAACACAACGAAGGAAGCUGUGAAACCUGGUAUGAAACCCAUCAGCUAUGAACAACCAGAGACACAGAAAAGCGACUGCAGUGGUUAGUUCUUAUGAGUGGGUAGCUGUAGAAACAUGGUAAACUAGAAACACGUGACUCGCUGGUGGAGCAACAACAAAAGCCAAAGUAAAAAAUCUGGAUGGAAACUGCAAACAAUGUUGGUAAGUUUCCCUGGCUGUCACAGCAAGUAACAGUAAUUUAAAAUAUCCUUUUCUUGAAAUUAAAAAAAAAAUCACCAGAUUUUAAAAUGAGCAUAAAUUUUGGUAAUUGAAAUCAAUUGCCAUUGUUAAUGUAUUUAAUGGGGCUGAUUAACUAGGAGCAAGGCUUUGUGCUCAGUUCCUUGGGGAAAUACUUUUAAAAUAAAUUUUCACAUAUAUGCUAAUAAAGUAUUUACCUUAAAUGCGAAACUAUACCUGAGUUGGUGACAAGCACUUAAACCCAACUGUGAGGGGGCUGACAUACCUGAGACAUGUUGAUACACAAAAAGGCCACCAAACCCCACAGCUCCAGCAAGUGUGACUCACAAUGUAUGUACUCUGUAUGCAUGGUGCCACCAGGAAACACAAAGCCAACCACCAUCACUUAGUAAAUAGCAAGGCAUAAGCCCAAGUAAAACCCACAGAAUUGCCUUAACUAGAGGCUAACACUGGAAAUUAGAGUCAACAGGAACUGAAAUUCCGAUCGUUUGAGUUGGUCAGAUUGCCUAGAACAGACACAACACAUGUGUGAACCCAACUGGGUUACACACUCUACUCCUAAUCUGUACAAAACUUCAAAUAUGAUAUUAUGACCAUUUCUAAAAGUGGGGGAAAGUUGUAUUGAUACACAGAGAUUAAUGGCAGAGAACAUUACUCUGAACUUUAAACUCUACUCAAAUCGAAGCGUUGAUUGUGUACAAGUCAGGAACUACCAAAGUAAAUUCUUCAAAUUUCUUUUACAUAUACUUUUGUUUAUCCCCAAAUCAAUUCCUCACCUUCACUUGACAACGAUGGUCAUUGCAGAUGAGAAGUUAAAUGGAAACCCAAGGUCGUUUGUUUGGGGCUGGAGUUCAAAUCUAAGUUUUUCACUAUCAAGUACAUAUACAUAUUAUGACCCUGUGCUUUGCCAGGGGAAUUCAUUAAACAGACAAUUGUAAACAGAAUCUCUUAUAAUCAUCACCUGUCAAUAAGAAAGCUUAUGGCCAAUGAGCUGAGGCAGGAAAUAAAAGGUGGGAUAUCCAGUAGGAUAGAAAGAAUUCUAGGAGAUUGUUUUUAAAAAAGAAAAAGGCGCAUAAGAAGACAAGGAGAGGAAACCAGCCAUGUAGCUGAAUUCAGGUUAGAAUGAAAGGGAUAAUAAGAGCUAGUUGGAGAACAAGCCAAAGCUGAUGGCCUAGUCAUUUGUUAAUAAAUAAUUAGUCUCAGCCAGAGUCAUUAUCGCUGGAAAUUAAGAAGUCUGGAAGAAAAACUCGUUUUACAGGCAAUAAAAUAAAAGAUGUUUUCCUCUUGGAUAAAUCAACAAGAUGAAAAGCAUGCAAACCUCCCUGACACUCCUUUGCAAAUGGGAAUCAGCGGGGCCUGGCUGAUCAAGUUAUUGCUUGUACCAACUGUGAAACCAGCAUCACUCUGUCAGUGAUAGCUGAAACCCACUGGUGUCAUAUAAUCAGUGUCUGUGUAUAGAAAGGGGCAGAGGACUGGACAACCCUGAUCUGACCAAGAAAAAAAGGAAGGAAGGAUGGAAGGAAGGAAGGAAGGAAGGAAGGAAGGAAGGAA